AUGUCGAAUAUAAGUGGUAAAACGAAGGUAUUUUCGCCAUUGUUCAAAAUUAAGAAGGAAAGUGAUUUUUACUGGGGCCCUGAGCAACAUGAGGCUUUCGACGCAAUCAAGAGGUACCUUACCAAGUCUCCUAUUUUGUUACCUCCUAGUAAGAAGAAAAAUAUCAGUUUAUAUAUUUUUGCAUCGGAUACGAUUAUAGGGAGUAUGUUGGCCCAAGAGAAUAUUAAUGGUGUCAAAAGAUCCAUAUACUACCUCAGUAGAGUAUUGGUAGAUGCUGAAACUAGGUAUAGUCUCAUAGAAAAACUAUGCAUAUGCUUAUACUUUGCCUGUAUGAAAUUAAAGCAAUAUAUAAAACUAGUUGAUGUUUAUAUUUCAUCUCAUUAUGAUAUUAUUAAACAUAUGUUGUCUAAACCUAUUAUGUAUAGUAGAAUUGGAAAAUGGGCACCGGCGUUAACGGAGUUUUCUCUGACGUUUAAACCUUUAAAGGCUAUGAAAGGCCAGAUCGUGGCAGAUUUUAUAGAGGAUCAUACCAUGGUCGAAUCAUUUCUAAACAUGGUCGACACCAAACCAUGGCGUUUAUAUUUCGAUGGUUCAAGUCACAAAGACGGAACGAGAGUCGGGGUAUUGAUAUUAUCCCUACAGGAUGACCCAACGAAGUUUAAGUACAAGAUCAGCGAAAAGUGUUCCAACAAUGAAGCCGAGUACGAGGCCUUAAUAAUUGGUCUUCGACUCUUGAAAGGGUUAGAAGCCAAUCAAAUUGAAGUAAGGGGAGACUCGGAGUUGGUAUUCAAGCAAGUCACACGCGAAUACAAGUGUAUCAAGGAAAGUUUGCUGAAGUAUUUUGUAACUGCGAUGCAACUAUUAGAACACUUUGAAGUUACAGACAUAAGACAUGUACCGAGAAAUAAAAACCAAGAAGCCAACAAGUUGGCCCAAAUCUCUUACGGAUAUAAGAUGUCCAAUUAG